ACCAGACUGUUUGUGUUUUGACGUUGUAAAGAGCUCCUCGGACCACCACACAAGUCCAUAAGCAAGAACACAGUCAACGUUCUACACCUCGGAUAAAAAAAAGACGGGAGACAAAAUGGCAUCGGACUCUCCACGCAGACCUAGUCGCUGUGCUGGAGGGGUUCUGGUGCGAGCACAAGCUGCUACGGAGCAGUCGUACAUGGAGAGUGUGGUGACCUUCCUGCAGGAUGUGGUCCCCCAGGCAUACACUGGUGCUCUGCCCACUGAUGAGAAAGAGAAAAUCAUUUGGGUUCGAUUUGAGAAAGCUGACGUCAACGACACGUCCCGCAAUCCGGAGUUUAUGGAGAUGCACAGCGGAACCACUGACCCUCCUCUGUGCCUCAUGAUGGGCUACACUGACGGGAUGCAGAUCUGGAGCGUAUCUUUGGCAGGGGAAGCCCAAGAGCUGUUCUCAGUGCGCCAUGGUCCUGUGCGAGCUGCUCGCAUUCUGCCAGCUCCUCAUAUCAGUCCUCUGAAGACGGACACUUUUUCUGACAAGAGGCCUCUGUUGGGGGUGUGCAAGAGCACAGGGUCUUCUGGGUGAGUUCAUGCAUCAUAAUAAAGCUGAUAUCACCUUUACCAACAGGAUCUUAUAUGUUUUUACUGAUACACCAAUAUUACAGCAAUUGCAGUCAGAUUGCAGGCAGAUUAGCACACAAUCAGACAGAUAUGAGUUUCUACUCCUGCAAUUAUAUUGGGCUGGAAUGGACCUCUUGAAUAGUUUAAGGCCACUACUAUGCUUCUUUAUUGUAAUUUUGGCCAAGUUAAGUUAAUUUUGGCCCAAUAAAAACACCAGGAUUUUCCCAAUAUAUGUAGCAAUGAGGAUAAUAAUGCCUUGGGUUAUAUGACUUAUCUCUUGCAUAUGAUUUAAAAAACCUAAAAGGACUUGAAUGAAACCAUGAGGGACACCGUAGGUAAUGUGUGUUGAAUAAUGUGAGUUUCCAGUUGUGACAGAAAGUGUCAUUUUCAGUUAAGUGCCUAUAAGAGCAGCUAAAAACAGUGGCUGGUUAGGCCAAAAUCAAGUCUUCCCCCAGCACAAAAUAGCUGACAAGAAGGCUGUGUUACACUAACUAAUCAAGUGGUAAACAAUGGUUUGAGUAUGUAGUGGAGGAAGGCGUUGAUUGACUUUACUUCAUAGUCUGUCCUUGCUAAGCUCUUGCAGAAGGUAGGGAUGUUCCCAUCAAGUUUUUUUUUUUUUGUUGCCAUGAUCCCGCUCUUAGUACGGAAAUAUUUGGGAUCUGCUGAUACAGAGUCCGAUCCACUACUUAUACUAACCUAAAUGUUGAUUAAGUGUGUGCGACAACAUUGGAAAGCUUGAAAUGUAGUAUGCUCUAUCUCCAUCCAUCCAUUAUCCAAACUGCUUAUCCUGUUCAGGGUCGCGGGGUGCUGGAGCCGAUCCCAGCUGACAAUGGGCGAAGGCAGGGUACACCCUGGACAGUAUGCUAUACUGUAUCUGACCCACCUUAUUCUUCACAAGCAUCUCGAUCCAAAUACUUAAUGUCCUGGUUCAUUACAUUACAUUUAUAUGGCUGAUGCUUUUUUCCAAAGCAACAUACAAAAAGUGCAUUCAAACAUGUGAGUACAACCCCAAAAACCACACGAGUCAUGCAUGUAAUCUUCAUCAAACAUGCUGAACUAAAUCAGGUACUAGAUUUAGAGACAUCAAGGUGCAGUGUGAACUAGGGCUGAACAAUGUACCGAUAUUAUAUCGAUACAUUGUCAGUAUUGGGCGGCUUAAAGAUUGACUGUUCAAUCCCCAGCUCCUCCAGUCUGCAUGCCGAAGUGUCGUAAGCAAGAUAUUCAACCCUAAAUUGCUCCCGAGGGCUUUUCUAUCGGUGUGUGAGUCUGUUUGAAUGAGCAAUUAGAUCAGAUCCUGAUGGUCAAGUUGGCACCUUGCAUGGUAGCUCCUGCCAUCAGUAUGUGAAUGACAUGUAGUGUACAGCGCUUUGAGUGGUCGAAAGACUAGAAAGGUGCUAUAUAAAUCCAUAUGAGAAUAGAUAUCAUCUUAGAUUUUGGAUAUUGUAAUAUCGCAUAAGUGUAUUUUCCUGGUUUUAAAGGCUGCAUCGUGUGAUGUAAUUUUCUGAACAUACCAGACUGUUCUAGCUGUUCUAUUCUUUCUAUUAUUUCAUUAUAGUUAUAUCAUUACAUCCACAUUAUUGAUGAUUAUUUAUCAAAAAUCUCAUUGUGGAAAUAUUUUUUGAAAACACCAAUAGUCAACAAUAUCGUUGCAAUAUCAAUAUUGAGGUAUUUGAUCAAAAAUAUUGUGAUAUUUGAUUUUCUCCACAUUGCCCAGCCUUGGUCUGAACAUAUGAGUUGUCAGUCUGCAAAAGAAGCUGCGUGAAGUUUCUGCUGACCUCAUGGGAGGCUCGUUCCACCGUUGUGGAGCCAAGACAGCAAGCAGUCGUGACUUCAUUGAGCGGUAGCCGGGCCUCCUUCUCUUUCUUCUGAAAUGGAUGAUAUGUGAUCAGCUAGAGAGAAGACGUAUCACUCGUUUGGAGUUGCUGGAACUACAGAAGUACUCUGUUUUUUUCCCCCCUCACAAAAAUGUUUUUUGCUGAGAACAGCAAAGUUUCAUUUUGGACUGCCAUCACGUUACUCACAGAUUAAUGUUAAUUAACGCAGCUGAUAUGACCUGCUGCUAGUGACAUUUGUGAAACAGUGAGAGCUAUGAGAAAAACAAGAAGGUCUUUUUGGACAAUGCUCUUCACUAGUAAUAAGAGAGAUAACAGAUUUGCUAUCGUUGAAACGUUGCACACUCUUGAUUUGAAUAUGCAGUGAAAUGUGCACUCUGUAGAGCCCAGUUCUUGUAAAGGAGAGCAGUGCUUCAACACAAGCAGGUAGAGGAGAGAACACACAUUACAGUGUAGAAAGGAUCGGAAUGUGAUCAGAUUUAUUUGAGCUAAUAUCCACCUUUUAAGAUAUGCCAAGAUAUCAAUCUUUAGGCUUGGGAAUACUUCAGUUAUGGCUGACAUUGCUGCUAUUUCCAAAGCUUAAAAAGCUUAAAGCUGUUAUUUUUUGGGAACCAACGGCAUUGUCAUGUUGUCACUUCAUAAAGUAUGGUGAAGUGUCCUAUUUACACAUCUGGCAGACAUAGAGCAGCACAAGCUUUUAUUUACAGUCAUGUUUGUGUCCACUUGAAAAAUGGAAGUCCAAUAAUCUCUCUACAUUUAAACUAUUUCCAUUUCCACCAACCCUUGGGAAAAAUAUCUGCCAUUUUAGCUGCUAAAUACCACAUUUCCUGCAUCGGGUCAUGUGUGAAUGGGAGCAGGAAUCGAUAUUCAUACCUCAAAACCUAGGGUGUGUAUCAAUACCCAUACUACUACACUAUUUAGUAUUCUAAAAAAAGUAUUUCAUAUUUCCCAAUACAAAGUAUGUCAAAAGCAGUAUGCCAGAAAUACCAGGAUGUCCUACUACAUGCCGUCACAUUUUGCAGCCCUUCUGGCUAUUCUCACCCACAGUCCUCUUCACAGAGGAUAUAUGAGCAACAGGGUCAAAGUUCAGUGUUAUGACAAAGUAGUAUGUCCCAAUUGAACGCAUGCUGCAUGCAACAGUACGUACUUUCUAAGGUUAGCUGCAGUACGUACUGAAAGUAAAAAGAAAACAUAUGCGACAUGGAACGCAGCCCAAGUAACAUUUCAGGGAAAAUGCCUGGAAAUGAAUGAAAGCAGUAACGUUGCACGUAAAGGGUUACGACCUUCUGACAAAAGAUGCUUUCAUGUAGAGCAAACAAACCAAUUACAUGACUCCACUCAUGACGUAUUUAUAUCUGCUUUAGUAUUUACAGCGAUGCUUUACCGAGUGAUUUGACUUUUCUGGUAAACUUAAAUAUGAGAUACAUUACAAGAAUACUGGCACCAGACAAUGACAGCUCCUCGCCCACCUGAUGUUCCUGAAAAUAAUGAGACGUCUUCUCUCCCGUACGCUGCUUCUUCUGAGUUUCAUGGCGGUUGACAUCCAUAAGUGUAGCAAUACUGCCGUCUGCUUGACUGUUCCUUGUCACAUCUAUUCUAGCAUUGCCGUAACUUACGUGAAAAGGCGCAAGACAAAAAUUGUCCUAAAUGUACUGCAUGUGGAAAUAGUGGAAAUCACUAGCGGUGCCUGGAAGGUUAUCAGUAAUUUACCGGUAACUAUGUGUGAAAAAGGCUUAACACUGCACCAAAAUAGUUUAGGCUAGGCUGUAAAGUUACAAAAACCCUGAAGAGCUGAGGGGGAACUUCAGAGUCCACACUUCAGAGUUGGACAGUUUUUUUUCACAUUGCAUAUAAUCAAUCUAAAAAUAUAGAUUUGUGCAGCUUUAACUAGAUGUAGUUCUUUUGAUACAUUUAUGUUAAAUGUUUAAAAUAUUCCAAGGCCAAGAUUUAAUAUUUUUACAACUAAAGACAACAAUACCUUUUUGAAGGGAGUAUUGUCACAUUUCUGUAUAAUCAGGUCCAGCACACAAUCACUAAGUACAACCCCAGUAAUACAUAUAUAGUUGAAUAAACACCUCUUUGGCAAAAUACAUCUUCCUGAAUGUAGAAUUUGUGGCAGAUCAGUUCUAUUGGAUUGCAUUCAAUUGUAUGAGUGACCUAAUAAAGUGACACGGAUUAGUUUCAGAGGAGCUAUCCUGCAGAGUUCACAGACUGCUCGGAGACCAGAAGCAAAGAAACUAAAGCGAACUCAGUGUGCUAUUGGAAUGACCCAUCAUCGUGAUGUUUUGUCUUUAAACUGCUGAAGGGAGGGGGAAGUGUUUUACUCUUUGCAAUGUUACACAAGUACAAAUCCUACAUCUGAAAGUAAUUUUCUGUUAAUAAUAAGAGGCAUCAAAGGACACCCAGCUUCUUGUUAUGAACCCUUCACAUGCACACAACUGGAGCUGAGCCAGUGAUGUGGGCUUGGUGACUGUGAUUCAUGGCUUUCUAGUGGCGCUAUGGUUUGCAUGCGAGCAGUACCUGGACACCCAAUAGGCAGACAGGAAGGAGAUUAAACAGAUGUGUCGGUCCCCCGGAUUCUCAGGGCUGGGACUGGGCACGUCAUGUCUUUGUUAAGUGAAAGAAAGUGAAUUUAAAAAGUGACAGACCAGAAGGCAUCUUGUACUCUCCUCUCCAUACCCAGUCCGUGAACUCCUCUUCGCCCCUCCCCCAUUUACUUAUGCUCCUCUUCCAGAGCAACACAAAAUAUAACUCAAUAUAUCCUCCUUGGGAAAUGAAAUAAGGAAGUCUGUCUUCAACCGGGCCUCGAUGGAGACCAACCUCUUGAUGUUUUCCAGGGACUGCCGCUCCUGUCUCUCUGACGCCGUUGCUGCUGCCGUUGCUUCUGCUUUUCCUAUGUCCUCACUGACACUGAGAGGGCAGCGCUUUGACGGUUUGGCAAAUCAUCCAGGCGUCGCUCGACACUAAUGCUAAAAACAUGCACUGUGUUGAAAAGCAGAAACCCUGACCUCUGGCUGAAUGGCACAGCCUGGUUCUUCCCCCUACAGAAGUGCUUGGUAAAUAACACUUUGGUCAAAGACGAGAAGGAAAAAGGCUUCCGGGUGCGGCGCAGUACUUUCCAUUGGGCCUGUUCAUAAACUUACUAAGGUCCUCACACAAUUUUUAGCAUAUAAUCAUUUUGAAAUAACAGCUUUUGUUAACCACCAAAAAGGAUGCCGUCUUGACACUUAAAUGAAAAACAGAUUGAGGCCUUGGCCGCUACAGCGGUGCUGGUUUAGAAGUUGGUUCAGUCAGCUCUAGGCUUAGAUUACAAGAUUUGCAAAUUAAAGGAAAACCAGAGAAGGGAAAAAGCAUGUGUGCUGAAGCCCUGUACUUGUGGAUUUCCAGUCAGGCACACUCAACAUAAUUUUAUCAAUGGAAAGGAUUAUGCGUUAAGUCCAAACAAUGUAUGGAUCCAGUGAUUUUCUUGACAGUAAAGCUACAUUAAAGCUGCACAUGCGUCCCUUUCAGUCUUUGCACUAGUGCCAGUAGGCUUUCGGAAUUAGUAAAGAAUGCUGGUGCCAUUGCAGACCUUGGUAUGUCUGCUCACAUUUCUGGAAAGGAUUUGUGUUUCCUUUCCCGACUUGCUGUUGUUAUUAUUUUCAUUCAUUUUAAUUGCAUCCACAGGUAUUACAAUUCUGGGAGACUUAAGGCAGCUUUCUCUCAAUGAAUGUAAAUUGUAUGGCCAAGAGAGAGGAAACUUAACUGUUUGUGGGUGUGUGAGAGCACACACGUUUUGGGCAAAAGUUCACUGAUGAAUAACCGCGCUUUGUUCUCCAGAUUUUGGGAACUGUCAGUGACAUUUUCAACCUACCAGCUACUCCCUCACAACAUCUCCAGAUGCUGAGAGGAUGUGGUCCUUUUUUCUUUUCACCAAGGCAAGGCAAGGCAAAUUUAUUUGUAUAGCACAUUUCAACAACAAGGUAA